AUGGCGUCGGGUGAUGAAUUGGGUGAGAUUGACCCUAAACAGCAUGAGGAUUAUGAAUGGGAAGCUCAGCGCGAGAACUUUCUGCGCUACUACAAAGACGAGAACAGGACUCUCAAGCAGGCCACCCAAUGCAUGGUUGACAAUCACGGCUUUUAUGCAACACCACGACAAUGGGAGCGCAAGAUCAGUCUCUGGAAGAUCAACAAGUACACGCCACGCUCGGAGCGCAUCCAGCAGAUCGAGAACCAAGGCCGUACCCUUGUGGAAGUCGCCCAGCAGGGAAGAAGGCCGCGCAAGUAUAGCAAUACAGCCAGCCUCGCCGUCGACGAUAGGAACUUUCGACGCUUCGCUAGGCGUGAGCUCAGUCGGUCGCCGAGCACUAGUAGGGCGCGGUCCAGAUCUAGUUCUGCCGGUCAGCAGAGUGCCAGUCCCGGUUUGAGCCCUCGGACAGAACACCAUGCAGAUGAUCUCGUUUUCGAAGAUCGCAGCUAUGACAUGGAUUUCGCAAGCCUCGUUCACAAUCCUGACCAAACAUCUAUCCCGGCGGUACUCACAAAUCAGGACACGGACAAUCCCCAGGCGCAUGUCCUGGGGAUACAGGAUGCGCACACAGGCCAGCAACAUACCGAAGUCCUCGUUGCUUUCCCUAAAUCGGGUCAUUCGCGAAGCGCGACGCCCGCUCCUUCAUCGAUGAACACGGUUCCCUACGAACAAUUCCCAGCGUUUGGUGACAUGUUGUCUUCAAAUGAGGAUAUGGGUGCAAGCAUGAACUCGUUACACGUCAAUACGGGUCUGGCGCAGGAUGAUAUGUUCAUGAUUCAGCACAAUGAUGCCAUGGAUCUAUCACCAACUCAUACUCAAGAUACUUCGGGGUGCUGGCCUGCUGCCUCACAAACGAUCAGCCCGGAGGAUAUCGAUCCAUCAUUCGGCUCCACAAUGCAGGCAAUCCAGAGCUUCGACCAAGCUUCGACAGGGCGAAUACACUCGAACGAAUUUCCGCCGGCUAUGAGUGGUUCUGCCAGUCCAAUACCACCGUCGGCAAUUCUCAUUGUUCCACCCGAAGCAGAAUCAUCCAGCCCCAACCCUCGAUCUCCCGCUGUCGGGGAGAAGGUAGGCUUCGUCCCUGUCUCGCUCAACAAUGACCUCGGCCUUCCUGAUCCUUAUCCGGACUUCUCCCAGCAUGUCCACAACUACGACAUCAACAUCAGAGAGACGAUCUCAUCUGUCAUGUCGUCAGGGCAGCCUCUUGAAAAUGUCUUCCAACAACUCAAUUAUCAUCGUAAGUCCCCGCGAGGUUUUCCUGGAUUGGCGCUGAUCCUCCCCCUAGAAGCCACCUUCUUUGGUCAGAUGAACACAACUCUCAAUAACCUCGUGAGCUCUGCGCAGCGAUUAGUCAUGGACACUCAUCAGCGCAACCUGGCUCUGCGACAACAGAAUGCUAGCCUCCGAGGAAUAGGUAAGUUUUGGCGCCAACGAGUGCGACCUCGUGCCUGA